AUGGCUGCAGCUAUCAAAGAAACCUUCACAAACCUGGUCGACAAAUUCCAGGGGCACUCCGAACCCACCCUUCGUCAGCCAUCCGCCGAGGAAAUCCAAGAGCUGAAGGAGAAGUACCAAAAAGCAGGACAAGACCAAGUGUUCUCUUUCUUCGAUGAAUUGAGCCAGACAGAGAAGACCCAGCUUUUCCACCAACUGACCACCUUCAAUCCAGUUCGCAUCAAUGAGCUGGCUAACAUCGCCCUGAACCCUCCCAAGGCCGAGCAAGGCCCCGUCGCUCUCGAACCCCUUCCAGAGGUGGCCACAGCCUCCAUCCUAGACUCCGACCCAAACGAUCUCCAAAAAUGGUACGAUGAGGGUCUUACACUGGUGGCGGAAAACCAGGUUGCGGUGGUCUUGCUGGCUGGUGGUCAGGGUACUCGGUUGGGUAGUUCCCAGCCCAAGGGUUGCUUCGAUAUCGGACUCCCAAGCCACAAGCCUCUAUUCCAGAUCCAGGCGGAGCGUAUCGCCAAGCUUCAGCUUCUGGCGAAGAAGAAGUUGGGGAAGGAUGCAGUGAUCCCCUGGUAUGUCAUGACCAGCGGGCCGACUCGCAAGCCAACAGAGGAAUACUUCGAGAACCACAAAUACUUCGGGUUGGAGAAGAGCAAUGUUUUCAUCUUCGAGCAGGGUGUCUUGCCUUGCAUUUCUAACGAGGGAAAGAUUCUGCUGGAGACUAAGUCCAAGGUGGCUGUUGCUCCUGAUGGCAAUGGAGGAAUUUACCAGGCCUUGGUUACUUCUGGUGUGAGGGAGGACAUGCGCAAACGCGGAAUCAAGCACAUUCACACUUACUGCGUCGACAAUUGCUUGGUCAAGGUUGCGGACCCUGUUUUCAUUGGCUUUGCUGCUUCGAAGCAGGUUGAUAUUGCCACCAAGGUAGUCCGCAAGCGUAACGCUAGCGAGUCAGUGGGCUUGAUUCUUCAGAAGAAUGGCAAGCCUGACGUAGUUGAAUACUCUGAAAUCGACCAGGAGACAGCCGAGGCCAAGGACCCCAAGAACCCUGAGCUGCUCAAGUUCCGCGCAGCUAACAUCGUCAACCACUACUACUCCUUCGAAUUCUUCGAGUCCAUUGAGAACUGGGCUCACAAGCUGCCUCACCACGUUGCCCGCAAGAAGAUCCCGUGCAUUAAGCCCGAAAGUGGCGAGCUCUUCAAGCCAGAGAAGCCUAACGGGAUCAAACUGGAGCAGUUUGUGUUCGAUGUCUUCCCCAUGACUCCUCUGGAGAAGUUUGCCUGUAUUGAAGUGCGCCGGGAGGACGAAUUCUCCCCUCUCAAGAAUGCCCGAGGCACUGGCCAGGAUGACCCUGAUACCAGCAAGCAGGAUAUCAUGGACCAGGGUGAGCGAUGGAUCAAGAGUGCAGGUGGCGUUGUUGUCAGCGAAGGAGACGCAACCGGUGUCGAAGUGUCGCCGUUGAUCAGCUAUGGUGGAGAAGGGCUCGAAUUCCUCAAGGGCCGCGAGAUCAAAGCACCUGCGAUUAUCGAAAAGGAAGAGUAG